CCCAGGGGGUGGCUAGCUGGUGGAAAUGUCAGAGAACUGACAGUAACGCUAACUUGUCCGCAGUAGUUACUGAGUUAUCAGAAAGUGUCUGGAAGCUCAAGGGAGCGAUUGUUAGGCACGAAACCUCACCAGACGGCCUGUGUGGAGGCGUGGGCAAGCGGGUUAAACGUUACGGAUCCCGGACAUUUCAUAUUUGACAACCGCUGGUUAGCUAGCAUUAGCUGGCUAGCUGGAGAGCUCCUGAAAAGUAACGCCAGGGAUUGUUUCAUAGAGUCAUGUCGGCGGCCGGGGACUUCGGGAACCCUUUAAGAAAAUUUAAAUUGGUCUUUCUCGGGGAACAGAGUGUGGGAAAGACUUCGCUGAUCACCAGGUUCAUGUAUGACAGCUUCGACAACACUUACCAAGCCACGAUAGGAAUAGAUUUCCUGUCGAAAACCAUGUACCUUGAAGACAGAACAAUCAGGUUGCAGUUGUGGGACACAGCAGGGCAAGAGCGAUUUCGUAGCCUCAUCCCGAGUUACAUCAGAGAUUCUGCCGCUGCUGUCGUAGUGUAUGACAUCACAAACGUCAACUCCUUCCAGCAAACCACAAAAUGGAUUGACGAUGUGAGAACAGAGAGAGGAAGUGAUGUCAUUAUCAUGUUGGUGGGCAAUAAGACAGACCUUGCGGACAAAAGACAGAUAACCACAGAGGAGGGAGAGCAGAGAGCGAAAGAGAUGAAUGUUCUGUUUAUUGAAACGAGUGCAAAGACAGGCUACAAUGUCAAACAGCUAUUCCGGCGUGUGGCAGCCGCCCUCCCUGGCAUGGACAACACACAGGACAAGAGUAGAGAGGACAUGAUUGACAUUAAGCUGGAGAAGCCACCAGAGCAACCUGCCAGUGAAGGAGGCUGUUCCUGCUAAUGCCCGCUCAUGUCAUCGCUAAAUAUUUCUCCUCUCGGCUUUUUUCUCAGACUCAGUCAGUUUUUCUCCCGCCUCUGUUCCCCAGCCCUAAAUAGAACACUACAUCUGUUUUCCUCUGCAUCGUGGAAACCUGCUCUCUCAUCGGGAUGCUCUGAAAGUCAUGAAACACAUAAAUUGAAUAUUUGCACUGUAACACACAUACGUUGAAAAAGUAUUCAGCCUUCUUUGCUGAGCUCCUGUUGUCAUUCCCAAAAGACAAAUAUGAUGGUUGAAGAGUAAUGAGUCGCAGCAAGUUUGUGUCUAAAGAUGGCUUUUUGUACCAAACUGAAAGAAACAAAAUGAGUGUGUAUGUGUUUCAGAGUGAGAAUAUUCUGAAAAAGGAUUUUAAAACACGCUUUAAGCUUAAUCAGCACAUUGUGGAUAUCUUGUGCAUUUGUCAGGUAACAUUAUUUGUGCUGUUGCAAUUGAUUAGCAGCAAUCCGUUCUUGAAUUGUGUUAUAAACAAACCUUACUUUUUUUAACUGUCUGGAACAAUGCAUCAAAACAUUUGCAAAGUUGUGUUGAAGAAAAUCAACUCGGUCAUCUCAGUGUUGACAUGUAUACUGUAUUCAACCACGAUGCAGCUAAAGUUGGAAGUGGCAGCCGUGCACUCAUUUUAAACUGUGUGCAGGUAGCACAGCACAGUUUUCCCCCAACACGUACCAGCAUGACAUGACAAGUUGUAACACAGCCAUCGCAUGUUCUCAGACCAGCCCAAAUACGUGAUACCUAUAAGAGCAACACUGUCACUAUCACUACACCGUCCUUCCUCUCUUCCCACACUUGACCUUUUUCAGAUGGGUUAUUUUUACCGUGGCUUCCGUUUUGUAUUCCCUUUUUAUUUGGAUAGAUCUUUUUUCUGAAAUACUACAGCUAUCAUAGAUUAAAACAGUUUAUUUGAUGAUAGUGUUUAAAGAGGAAUUUCUCAUAUACUACGAGUCAUAAUCAUAAAAACCCAUCAUAAACAUUAGAUAUUAAGAUAUUAUGCCUUUUGGCGUUUAAUUGUAGAGGGCUUCCUUGGAUUUGGGUUUAUCUAGCUAAGUUUGGGAUGAUGUUACGAACACUUUAAAAACUUCUUUUGCUUGUUUUUAUUUUUUUUGGAGUUGAUCUUUUGUUAGUGAUUAUUUGACAUGUGUAUUUAAUCCACAAUGACUUGUAAUAUUUAUUUCUAUUGGAUUCAUGUUUCCUUUUUUAUGGCUGUUAAUAUCUUCACUUUUGGUAUGAGUCCUGAAUCGCUAAUAAAAAAAAAAAUAUGCAUCCAUCUGGACCACGUUUAACAGAACCUGUGGAGACAUCUGCUGUCCCCCUCUAUCACCUCUAACUGGCAAUUUGAUCGUACUAAUAAUGCCGUGCAAUUUUUGUGUGAAUUAUGGGGGAGAGUUUGAUUUGUAUAGCAAUGUAGUCCUCAACGUUUCUGUCUGGAAUGGUUUUAAAUGAAAGAAUAAAAAAACACUUGUCACUGCUGCUGAAA